AUGGUAAGAAUCAACAGCUUUAAUGUGCGAAGAGUUCUUUUGGACCAGGGAAGUUCUGCAGACAUUAUCUACGGCGAUGCGUUCGAUCAGUUGGGUUUAACAGACAAGGACUUGAUGCCAUACACUGGAACUCUGGUAGGUUUUUCAGGAGAGCAGGUCUGGGUGCGUGGCUACCUGGAUUUAGACACGGUUUUUGGUGUUGAUGAAAACGCCAAGCUUCUGCGUGUAAGGUAUUUGGUAUUACAGGUCGUGGCAUCAUACAGUGUCAUUAUUGGACGGAACACGCACAACCGUCUUUGCGCGGUGAUUUCAACGGCUCACCUGGCGUUCAAGUAUCCACUAAUAUGCGGAAAGGUGGGAAAAAUCGUGCUCGGUCAGAGGAGAGCAAGGGAGUGCUAUAACAACUGCCUUAGCUUGUAUGGAAAGAAGGGGGUCGGCGAGGGUCACAGGUGCCACGAGAUUGAGAUCUUAGAGGGCGAUCAAGAUGCUCGGGCGUGCAGGAUGAGGGGCGAAACAGACCAGGAAGGUUGGAGCAAAUGA